AGUGGGGAGCUUCUCGGCUAGCAAGUUUUGGCUACGGUCUUCAAUUUACAUAACACGGAAGCAAAACAAAAUCAUGGUCUGAAAACACCAAAGCCCAGAAAUGGAAAUCCUCUUCACCCUCUUGACCUUUACAUUCGUUUCAUUUCUGGGUCUCUUCUUCAUCUUCUCUUUUCUCCUCCUCGUCUCCCUCUACGCCGGCAAGUCCAUCGGAGACCCAAAAUAUGCCCCCGUCAAAGGCACCGUCUUCCACCAGCUCUUCUACUUCAGUACCCUCUUUGACCACCAGACGCAAGUGGCCAAAACUCUGCCCACGUUUCGGCUUCUGGGUCCGGGAUUCAGCGAACUGUACACCGCCGACACGCAAAAUGUCGAGCACAUUCUGAAAAGCCAGUUCAGCAAGUACAACAAGGGCAAGCGCGAUGAGGAUCUUAUGAUUGAUCUUUUUGGGCGGGGGAUUUUCGCUGUCAACGGUGAAAUGUGGAAGCAGCAGAGGAAGCUCGCGAGCUACGAGUUCUCCACAAGGGUUCUUAGGGAUUUCAGCUGCUCUGCUUUCAGAACGAACGCCGCCAAAUUGGUUAGAGUUAUUUCAGGAUUCUCUAACGAGAGUGUGGCUUUUGAUAUGCAGGAUAUCUUAAUGAGAUGCACCUUGGAUUCGAUAUUCAAAGUCGGGUUUGGAGUGGAACUGAAUUGCUUAGGAGGAUCAAGCAGAGAGGGGAUUGAAUUCAUGAAGGCUUUUGAUGAUUCAAAUGCUAUAAUUUCUUGGCGCUAUGUGGAUCCCUUUUGGAAGAUUAAGAAAUUUAUCAACAUUGGUUGUGAAGCUAACCUCAAGAAAAAUGUCAAAGUAAUUGAUGAUUUUGUGCAUCGAGUGAUUAGCAUCAAAAGAGAAAACUUGGCUAAUCAGCAGUAUCAUAUUGAUAAAGAGGACAUACUCUCGAGGUUUCUGAUGGAGAGCAAGAAGGACCCAACAAUGAAUGAUCAGUAUCUAAGGGAUAUAAUUCUGAACUUCAUGAUUGCAGGCAAAGACACGACUGGAAACACUCUAUCAUGGUUCUUCUACAUGCUCUGCAAGCACCCUCUCAUCCAAGAGAAGGUUGCACAAGAAGUGAUAGAAGCCACUCGCACGCAGGAAGGUAAACCCAACAUUGAUGAGUUUGUGGCCAAUAUAACAGAAGAUACCCUUGAGAAAAUGCAUUAUCUUCAUGCGACACUGACAGAGACCUUAAGGUUGUACCCUGCUGUUCCAGUUGAUGGGAGGACGGCAGAAGAAGAUGACGUCCUCCCUGAUGGCUAUGCUGUGAAAAAGGGUGAUGGAGUGUACUACAUGUCCUAUGCUAUGGGUCGCAUGCCAUACAUCUGGGGCGAGGAUGCUGAGGAAUUUUGCCCCGAACGAUGGCUCAAAGACGGGGUUUUCAAACCUGAAUCUCCAUUCAAGUUUAUUUCUUUCCAUGCUGGACCUCGAAUGUGCUUGGGGAAGGACUUCGCUUACAGACAGAUGAAAAUAGUAUCAAUGGCUCUUCUUAGGUUUUUCAGAUUCAAAUUGGACGAUGAAACGAGGAAUGUGACCUACCAUGUCAUGUUGACACUUCAUGUAGACAAGGGUCUUCCUCUACGUGCAAUACCAAGGUCUCGAUGAACGUGUUAUAGCUAUAAAUAUAAUAUGCGAAGCCAAGCAGUGCACUUAUGAAGAGCGUCUCUGGUUUUUCACCUUGAUGUUUCAGAAUGGUGAUUCUUAAUAAAAGGAUGAAAUAUCCUGUUGUAUCUUUUUAUAUUUUCAGUAAGUAUGGCAUGGUGAACCAUAUGUUGGUGGGUUUUAUGAAACAGAUUGUGAUAUUGCCUGGAUGGUAUUUAUAUAUAUUAUCCAGACAAUUUUUUUUUUUGAUGGAUUUAUAACUUUGUCAAGUGGCAUGACCGUAUUCUUAUGUGCUCAAUGCUCAAAGCUCAAUGAUAAGAUGAAAAUAAUUUUUGAUUUAUGUA